GGCCAUUCCACGCUUCGCUCACUCGAGCACCGACCCGCGCCCGCAGGCCACGCCGUCGCGCCCUGCAUUUGUUUACUCACGUUCGAAACGCCGGCAUGCUAUUAUCUGCAUUUAAUUUUCAAACAAAGAAUUGAAUCAGAUAAAAUCAGUGCACAAUGUGGCUCAGUGUUCUUUUAGUGGUUUUGUUAUCGCUUAUUGUUCUGCUUGCGGUUUUUCAUUACGCUUCAAAUGGAAGAAAAUACUGGCUUCAAAGGAAAGUACUUUACGAAGAACCGUGUCCUAUUUUCGGGAACUUCGGCGCUACUCUGACAUCCCGACGCAGCUAUGCAAAGAUGUUAGAAUAUUUCUAUGAGAAGUACAAAAACGAAAAGUAUGUCGGCAUUUUCCAAGCCCGCCGGCCGACGCUGAUGGUACUGGAUAUGGAUAUAGCGAAGACUAUAUUUUCAACAGAUUUUUCUAGCUUUAGUGACCGGAUAGCAUCGUCAACGGAUACCAGGCGGGAGCCUCUACUAAGAAAUGUGUUCAAUAUGAGCGGUGCAGAGUGGAAGGCGAUGCGGCAAAUUAUUAGUCCAACGUUCUCUUCAGCAAAAAUGAAAGGGAUGUUCCCGCUUAUAGCGGAGUGUGCCCAGAACCUCAGGAAUGUCUUGAUUAAUUCCCUUGGAGAGUUCGAGGUCCCUGAAGUGAUGUGUCGCUAUACGACCGAUAUCAUAGGAAGUUGCGCGUUCGGUGUCGACCCCGGAUCGCUGAAAAAUCCUGAAUCUCCCUUCUUAAAAAUGUCAAAGAAAAUGUUUAAAGUAGACCGUGCCACCAUUCUGAAACGCUACUGUCGGACGUUUUUCCCCAGAUUGUUCAAACUGCUGAAUUUGAGGACUUACUCUCCAGACGUCGAAGCGUUUUUCACGUCGACUAUAAGCCAGGUGCUCGAAGAGAGACGUUCCGGCGCCCAAAGAUGUGAUUUUCUACAAUUGAUGCUGAAUGUACAAGAGACUGAAAAACAGUUUGAAAUGACGGAUGCCCUAAUUACUUCUAAUUCUUUUAUAUUCAUGUUGGCGGGGCUGGAGGCUUCUGCAACUACAUUAUCGUUUUGUUUGUAUCAGUUGGCUAAAGACAAAGAUCUACAGGAUCGGGUCAGGGAUGAGAUAAAGGAAUGUAUGGAAAGACACGGCGGUUUAAAUUUUGAGGCGGUAACCGCUAUGAAAUUUACUGCUCAAGCGGUUACUGAGACGCUGCGCCUGCACCCGCCGACGCCGAUGGUCACUCGCCUCUGCACCUCACCUUGUGUGCUCUCUGGCACAGACUUGAAAUUUCAGCUCAGAAACUCAGUGCUUAUCCCUAUCCAGUGUUUGCAACGUGAUGCCCGCUGUUUCCCGGACCCUGAAAAGUUUGAUCCAGAACGAUUUAACGAUCCCAAUCCACCUGCCAUUUAUGCUUUUGGAGGCGGUCCGAGAAGUUGCCCAGGGGGUCGUUUCGCUUACCUGGCGGUGGUGGCGGGGCUCGCGGCCAUGCUGAGCAAGCUGGAGGUGUCGCCGAGCGCGCGAACUACUCCACGUAUUGAAUACGACCCCAGGAGUUUCAUGCUAAAAAACAAGGGCAGCAUAUAUCUUGAAUUCAAGACUUUAGAAACAAAUACCGCCUAAUAUUAAGUCUGAUAGUUU